UUUCCCUGUCAUGCCACCGAGAUUUGCUCAUCUUCUUGUUUCUUAUGCCAACUUUGAAGCCCACGAUCUGCAGACCGUGAUCCUCAAGACGGCGGUGCCCGUGAUGGCCAUGGUGCUGCUGCUCACGGCGUCGACUGUCUCCGUGGCGCCGGACGACUGUGCCUGCGCCUACCUCCGCGCGUGCUUCGGCAGCAACUACUUCCUGAUGGUCGGCGUGCUCUGCCAGAUCAACCUGGCCCGUCUUCUGGCGAAGGAGGCCGUUCUGGCGCCGACGCUGGCGGCCCGGCGCUACUACGCGGUGGGCGCCGUCGCGUGCUUCAUGGAGCUCGCGCUCAAGCUGUACAUGAUCCUGGUGCUGUGCCCCUCGGCUUAGCUUCGUCGCGCGCGCGUGGAUGUGCCUGCCCAAGGAUCGAAGAUGGAUAGUUUUGGAGUCUGAAGAUGCGCCGUUUUGUUCAGUUAUUACUUACUACUCUGCUAAGUUUACAAGUUUGGAAGGGGACUGUCGUAUGGUGUUUUAGUUUCAAUUCAAUUUGCCUGUCUGGAGAUGUUCGUCCUUGGGUACAAAGACUAUCUUAGUACUACUGUAGUAUUUUGUUAGUCUUGUUCCGUUGGAGUUUAGACUGUCUGUAUGAACUUGGACGGGAUUUGAAUUUGUUUAGCUGAAGCC